UGAUUCAGUUUCGCUGAGGCAGCCUGACGAAGAGUUACUUUAAUAAUUAUUAAAGAAAAUAUUAACCUAUCGCCAUGUGGAAGAACUUGAUUUUCUGUGUGGUCCUUGUGGCCUUUGUGGCAGUGCCGUUCGCUGACUCGCUGACCUGCUCCAAGUGCAACUCGCCGUCUGGAUGCAAGAGUCCCUCCUCCGAAACCUGCUCCAAUUCGACGGCCAACGCCAACAAGAAUUUCCUGGAAGGCUACCAUAGUAAUGUGCCCACCGUUAAUGGCAGUCUCAACUUUUCCUGUGCCAAUCUCACUUACUACCAUGCAGCAAACUACACCCACACCUUUGAGUUCCUGGGCUGCGUAUUCAACGAGACAAAUGUCUGCAAUCUUUCCCUGAACAACACUUCGAGUGGAUGGUCCAAGAAGUGCCUAACCUGCGGCACCGACUACUGCAAUCCGGCUGGAACUUUCAGCAGCAGUGUCUAUACCAUCCUGGGAUCCGCCAUGGCCGUGAUUUUGGCCAAGGCUCUGAGCUAGAUGCAAAAGUCAUAAUCUGGCGACUGAGCUGUGCAGUAUUCCAACUACUUUUCGAUGUAUAUUAUUUAUUUGAAUUAAAAAUAAAAUCAUUUAAGAUGACAAAGAAGGGGAACCUGAUCAUAA